AUGAGCACAAUACAGAACCUGAAGAACUUUAUCCGUCAUGGCAAACAAGCCCGCAUAGUGACGCCUCACGCCGAACCAACUACCGAUGUCACACCUGUCCACGCCCAACAACAACGGCAACCCCAGGGACAAUACGCCAAUAACCUCGACACGAUCCAACAUGGCAGCGGAAACGGCCAAGCACCGUCCCAGCAAAAGGAAACCAGUAACAAUAAGAUUUCAAGGGCCGACAUCGAGAAACUAGUCGCCGAGGAGCGACAUAGCAAGUCAAAGAUGCCCAAAUAUCCUGGCCUAGAUCGAUAUAUCCUCGUCGAGAAAAUGGGUGACGGAGCCUUUAGCAAUGUUUACAGAGCCAAAGAUACACUUUCGCACAUGGAGGAGGUGGCCAUCAAGGUCGUGCGAAAAUUUGAAAUGAACAACAAUCAGCGAGCAAACAUCCUCAAGGAAGUUCAGAUUAUGCGCCAACUCGAUCACCCCAACAUCGUCAAGUUGGUUGAUUUUUCCGAAUCGUCCCAGUUCUACUAUAUUGUUCUCGAGCUCUGCCCAGGUGGCGAGCUGUUCCACCAAAUCGUGCGAUUGACAUACUUUAGCGAGGAACUCAGUCGUCACGUUAUUACACAAGUUGCAGAAGCUAUCGAGUAUCUUCACGAGAUCUCGGGCGUGGUCCAUCGUGAUAUCAAACCCGAAAACCUAUUGUUUUACCCUACUGAAUUCGUACCCAGCAAAAAUCCAAAACCACGCCAGCCUGGCGACGAAGACAAAGUAGACGAGGGUGAAUACAUUCCUGGUGUGGGUGCUGGUGGUAUUGGCAAGAUUAAGAUUGCCGACUUUGGUCUUUCUAAAGUCAUUUGGGAUAGCCAGACGAUGACGCCCUGUGGUACCGUGGGUUAUACUGCACCAGAGAUUGUGAAGGAUGAGCGGUACUCAAAGAGUGUUGAUAUGUGGGCACUUGGUUGUGUGCUUUAUACUCUUCUCUGCGGUUUCCCACCUUUCUACGACGAAAGUAUCCAAGUUCUUACGGAAAAGGUCGCCCGAGGACAAUACACUUUCUUGUCGCCAUGGUGGGAUGACAUCUCCAAGCCGGCGCAAGAUCUUGUAUCUCACCUUCUCACGGUUGACCCCGAUAAACGGUACACUAUUCGCCAGUUUCUUGACCACCCAUGGAUUAAGAAUACAAAUGAAUCGACACAUGCUGCUGCUGAUGCCCCCCCUCUAGCCACUCCUCAAAUUUCUCGCCACAAGGAAAAUGCUUCUCAAAUGUUCGACGUCCAGCAAACACCCCUUUCAGCCGCUGAGCGACGAAUGGACUUCCGUUCGCCUGGCGUUGUUAAUCUGCGCGAGGUCUUUGAUGUCGGUUAUGCAGUGCACCGACAAGAGGAGGAAGGCAAGCGAAGAAAGAAUUUCCGACAAGGAUACCGCGGUGCCAACCCAGCGGCAGGAUUCAGUUCUCAGCUCAACCCUCUUAACGAAGAUUAUGACGACGACGAAGAGGCAGCCUAUUACGAGCAAGAUGCCAACAACCAAAAAGGAGAUCCACCUGCGAAGAUUCCGCGAUCAUCACAAACCGCCGCCAACGAUGUCGCCGCUAUGGAAGCCAAAUUGCGCCAGACUAAUUUGGGAACACAACCAAGCAGUGCUGCUCAAGCACGAACAGUCAAUCGAUAUGGCGGGGCCACAACGACUGCGCGUCAGAAGCAACCAGCAGCCGGUGGAUAUGGUCAACACAGCGCAACUGUUGCAGCAGCAGCGCGACAAAACGCGGCACGAGCAGCUAGACAACCGUUCGAACUUAACAUGGCUAAUGCAACUCUACUCGAACGGAGAGGGAGAAAAGGUCCAGCCGAACAAAUGGUAUAA